CUCUUCGUUUUUAUAUAUCAUUUACAUUUUAAGUCAGUUCUGAGGAUUAUUAUUACAGAUAUUUUCUUUUUGAGAAUAUUUCUACUUUUGAAUACCAUCCAUUUGUAUUGAUGAGCACCUGUUCGACUCCGCCAAUCAUGCUUUUUGCCUGUUUUUUCAUUUUUUUUGCUCUGUGUCCUCCUCUUCAUUGGUGUAUGUAUGUUCCUGUACAGAACGUGCUUCUGCCAUUUAGCACACAAGUCAGGGAACGUCUUCUCUACACAGAUAACAGAAAAUAUGGGCUGUUCCUCGAAAUGAAACCUGACGGCUCCGUUCGAGGGUCUCAAGUAGAGAAGCCCAACUGUGUGCUGAACCUGCGUUCGGUGAAAGCCGGGGAGACGGUCAUCCAGAGCGCGGCUACAUCGCUCUUCCUCUGCGUGGAUGAUGAAGACAACUUGAAAGGACAGUCACAUUACACUGAAGGAGACUGCACCUUUCAGGAGUUGCUGCUGCCAGAUGGAUAUUCUUAUUUCCUUUCUCCACACACUAAGAAUCCCGUGUCGCUCCUCUCAAAGAAGUCUGGGCAGAAACACAGCGCCCCACUAUCUCGGUUCCUCCCUGUUAUGAAUACUCAGUUGGCAAUGGCAGAGAAAGGAGAGGACAGCCAGAUACAGGGGGUCAAACAAUACAUUAAGGACAUAAACCUGGACUCUGACGACCCGCUAGGAAUAGGACAUCACUCACAUAUUGAGACUGUCUUCAGUCCCAGUCUGCACACUAGGAAAUGAAGACGGGAGAAAAUCGGUUAUGGAGGCAUGCUUUACAUUAUCUCUGGACUGCAAUGUUUAAAAUGUUUUGUUACUGUGUUUUUUCUUUGCCCAAAACUGUAUUUAUUAGAACUUAUUUAUUUAUUUGCUAUGGUCUAAAAUUAUUUAAAUUAAUUUAAAUUAACUUAAAUAUUGUUAUAUAUAAAGUUAUACAACUGUGCAUUUAAAUAUUUAAAUUCAGCUGGAGACGAUUCCACCUGCAGUGUGUUUGUUCUUUUUGUAAUA